CUGUUAGGCGUUGCAACACUUAGGACUAUCGGGCUUUUUAGGUCUAUCAAAUACAUGGUUGACUGCAAAGGCUGCUGUUUUGUGAUAUACUGUGAUAAUGUGUCCAGUGUGUCUCCGAGUGAGAUGCUGGUCACAAUGAGUUUAUGUAGAAGACGUGAUUGCCUGUUAAAAUUAAUUUCUUUCUCGAUGCAGAGUUGGAUACACAUCUGUGUCUGUUUCCUGCUGUUCAUCAUGCUUGGGGUGCAUUCAAAUACAUUUGACGUCAGCCCAGUGACCGAUGACAUCUCCAAACUCUAUACUUUGAAGCAAAACAUUCCUAAAGAUUACAAAAUUCCUGUGCGCUACAUUCCAAAACAAGAGUGUGGGAUGUGUUGGGUGAAAUUAAAUAUCUACCCUUUGGAGGCGAGUUUACAAGAUUUAGCACAUAAGUUUGGAAACAUUUCAUCUAACAGAAACGACAUUGGGAUUUUCAUCCUAAUACUCCAAGACUUGCGACUCAGAAUGGAUUCAGUGGAGCCGAUCAUGUUUGAGUUUGAGUGCCACUACAGGGAAGAGAGAUGGCCCACAGAGCGAUACUUUGACUUUGUUAAAGACUUUCUUACAGCUGCACAGAACAAAGAAGACUCAGAUGACUGUGAUCCUCCUCCUUGUCCCACCACACCAUACACAGUAAUAACGGAAUAUUCAAAAAGAGAAUUAAAGUAAAGCAUUUCAUCUAGACUGUAUGUGGCAUGUUCAGGGUACCUGUUUAGAAAGAUGUGACCGUUGAAGUUUAGUAGACAGCUUGACAUGUGAGAUGUUAGUGAUCUACAGGUUUAUCUGGUGGGCAUCUUGAUGUGGAAC